AUGCAGAAGCAAGUGGAGGUCAGGAUGGAUGAGACCCAAAUGGAGCCUAUAGUGGAUGCUCCAGAGGGUUGGUGUAGCAGUUUUUGCGAUAAAGUCAUGAAGAACAUGGUUCUCACUCUCACAAUCCUGGGUGUGUUUCUGGGUUCCAUUGCUGGAAUGCUGCUGCGGCACGUAUCGCCUCUCCCUCCGGAUGUUAUUAUGAUCAUCGCCUUCCCUGGAGAGAUCCUGAUGAGGAUGCUGAAGAUGCUUAUACUGCCUCUGGUUGUUUCCAGUCUGGUCACAGGACUAGCCGGUUUGGAUGCCAAAUCCAGCGGCCGCUUAGGCACCAGGGCCAUGGUGUACUACAUGUCGACGACGGUGAUCGCAGCCGUCCUCGGAGUGAUCCUGGUGCUGCUCAUCCAUCCCGGAAACCCCAAACUGAAGGCUAAUCUUGGACAUGGAAAGAAGAACGACGAGGUGUCCAGCGUGGACGCUUUCUUCGAUCUCAUCCGAAAUCUUUUCCCAGAGAACUUGGUGCAGGCCUGCUUUCAGCAGAUCCAAACAGUAAUCACCAAAGUACCAGUGCCCACUAACAGAACUAAAGCACCUCCACAGUUCACAGUUAAAAGGUCGCUUCAGUUCAAGGGUGGGAUGAACGUCCUGGGUUUGAUUGGAUUCUUUGUCGCUUUUGGAGUUAUUAUGGGGAAAAUGGGAGAAAAGGCCAAGCUGAUGUUGGAGUUUUUCAAUGUGCUGAAUGAGAUUGUUAUGAGGCUUGUUGGCGCAAUUAUGUGGUACUCCCCUUUUGGUAUUGCCUGCCUCAUCUGUGGAAAGAUCAUCUCCAUUGCAGACUUGGAGGUGGUUGCGAGGCAGCUGGGGAUGUAUAUGGUCACUGUGAUAGUGGGUCUAAUCAUCCAUGGAGGCAUCUUCCUUCCGCUGAUUUAUUUUGUGAUAGUAAGACAAAACCCCUUCACGUUCUUCAUGGGAAUAUUCCAAGCUUGGGUCACGGCACUUGGAACAGCAUCGAGUGCUGGUACCUUGCCUGUCACGUUCCGAUGCUUAGAGGAGAACCUGGGCAUCGACAAGAGAGUAACACGCUUUGUCCUCCCAGUGGGGGCCACCAUCAACAUGGACGGCACGGCGCUUUAUGAGGCUGUGGCUGCCAUCUUCAUCGCUCAGAUGAAUGGGAUCAACCUCGACUGGGGCCAGAUUAUUACUGUCAGUAUGACAGCCACCCUGGCCAGUGUUGGAGCAGCCAGUAUACCCAGUGCUGGACUUGUGACCAUGCUUCUGAUCCUCACAGCGGUGGGUCUGCCCACUCAGGACAUCAGCCUCCUGGUCGCUGUCGACUGGCUGCUGGAUCGUUUCCGUACCUCGGUUAAUGUGGUUGGUGACUCCUAUGGAGCAGGUAUCGUGUACCACCUUUCCAAGCACGAGCUGGACUCCUUCGACCAACAGGCCCGGAUUGAUGAACUUGAGAUGACAAAGACACAAUCCUUCUAUGAAAAUAACAGCAACCAGAAUGUUUACACUAACCACAACUCAAUCUUGAUAGACGGCUGCAAGGUCACCAUGGGCAAAAAUGGCAACACUGCAGGGUUCUCUCUUGUUGAGGAGGGACCAUGGAAAUGCGAGUGA